AUGGCGCGACCGAUUGAAUCCGUGAUGGACAUUAACGAUUCUAAAGAUUUGUGGAAGAUUGUUGUUCGUUGUAGACAUCUCUGGACUGUGAGAAGUUCGUCAAACAAAGAACACCUUGAACUAAUUUUGGUUGAUUCUAAGCUGGAUAUGAUACAAGCAAUUGUACCAUCCCAUCUGGUGUCGAAAUAUGUGGGCGAUCUUGCCGUAGGAGCUUCAUAUAUCAUGCAGAACUUUAAAGUCUCAAACAACGAUUUCUCCUUUAAGUCUACUACUCACGGAUACAAGUUGGUAUUUUGUGGUUCAACUUAUGUUAAGAAAACGGAACUCCCGGAGAUUCCUAUAGAUUAUUUCAACAUUCUUGGUUUGGCGUCCAUUGCUGAUGGAAAAUUUCAGCCUAAUGUAUUGGUUGACGUAGUUGGAGGAGUUACUGAAAUUCUGCAGACUCAGAUAAACUCAGAUAACAACAAAAGUAAGUUUGUGUUUAUGAUCACUGACAUGAGCAAAAUUGCCGUGCAGUGUACACUAUGGGGUAAUUUUGCAUUGCAAUUUUAUGAAUACUACAAGAACCAUGGGGAAGAUGUGAACAUUGUUGUUCUAUUACAAAACGCAAGGAUAAAGGCUGCGCAAGGAGGUUUUCCUUUAAAUGUAUCCAAUGCUUGGAGUGGCACAAAGCUGAUCAUUAAUGAUAUUAGUAAUGUUGAAAUUAAGAAGCUGAAGGAUAGGUAUUUCACAAACAUCUUGGCGUAUCAGAUUUCCCUUAUGAUUUUUUCGUAUAAUGUCGUACAUGGUGAUAGAAUUUUACUCUAUAUUGAUUCUUUUAUAUAA